AUGGUCUGUGUGUUUAUGAUUCCAGGUUCCAUUGGUGACAUUGUGCUGACUCAGUCUCCAGAUUCGUUGUCUGUGUUUAUGACACAAAAGGCCACUAUCUCUUGCAAGUCCAGUGAAAGUGUCAAUGCAUAUGGCAUAAAUUUUGUGCACUGGUAUCAACAGAAACCAGGACAGUCCCCCAAACUCCUCAUCUAUGCAGGAUCCAACCUAGAAUCUGGGGUCCCUGCCAGGUUCAGUGGCAGUGGGUCAGGGACAGACUUCACGCUCACCAUCCAUCCUGUGGAGGCUGAUGAUGCUGCAACCUAUUACUGUCAGCAGAGUUCCACUGGGGACAUUGUGCUGACCCAGUCUCCAGCUUCUUUGACCACGUCUCUAGGGCAAAGGGCCACCAUCUCCUGCAAGGCCAGCCAGGGUGUCUCUAUAGCAUCUUACAAUUUUAUAAACUGGUAUCAACAGAAACCAGGACAGUCCCCCAAACUCCUCAUCUAUGCAGGAUCCAACCUAGAAUCUGGGGUCCCUGCCAGGUUCAGUGGCAGUGGGUCAGGGACAGACUUCACGCUCACCAUCCAUCCUGUGGAGGCUGAUGAUGCUGCAACCUAUUUCUGUCAGCAGAGAAGUACACUGGGAGCUGAGCAGUACCCAGCCUUCUACAUCUGCUCUAUGAGUCCUCGCAUCUCUGCUCUCACUGAGGUGUACCUGUACCUUGUCACUGAAGCAGCAGGGGGCAAUUGA